CAUAAGUAACCUCGUCCAAUUUGUUUGCCAACCAUGCAGAAAAUAGAAAGAUAAUUUUUCUUAAAACUUCUCUUAAUCAAAAAUUCUAAACAUAUGUAUAACAAAAAAUGGACUUGAAAGUUUUAUUUUUCUUAGGAACAGCUUUUUUAACUUCUGUUAUUAUAUCUGUUUGUAUCCUUUUAAUAGCCACGUCUAAGGCAUAUCCUUUAGUCGUUAGGAGUAAAAAAGAAAAAUAUUUUAUCGAUCCUAUUAGUGGGAAAGAAAUACAAUUUCCAACUAACAAUGAGAAAUCAUCAGUUCAUCUUAGUGUUAUAGUACCUGCUUAUAAUGAAGAAACAAGACUUCCUCCUAUGUUGGAUGAAUGUACAGAAUUCUUAGAGAAUAGAUGUAAAAAUUCAGAUUUUAAAUAUGAAAUAAUAGUAGUAAGUGAUGGCAGCACUGAUAAGACUGUGAAAAUAGCACAAGAGUAUUCCAAGAAACUGAGUACAGAUAAAAUAAGAGUGCUGGAUCUUGAGAAUAAUAGGGGUAAAGGAGGAGCUGUAAGAUUGGGUAUGCAAAGUGCAAGGGGCUCAGUAUUAUUAUUUGCAGAUGCAGAUGGAGCAACCAAAUUUUCCGAACUAGCUAAAGUUGAAGAGGGACUUUAUAAAUUAAUAAAAUGUAUUAACAAUAUUUUCGAUUCCAUAAAAAAUGUCUAUUUAAUUGAAAUAACUUAUCUUUUAGAUGAUUACCAAAAAAAUCCCUCAAUUGUUGAAGAAAAAUUAGCCAUUUCUAUUGGAUCUAGGGCGCAUCUUGAAAAAGAAGCCAUAGCAAAAAGAAACUUUUUCAGAACGAUAUUGAUGUAUGGUUUUCAUUUCCUCGUGUGGCUUUUUACAGUAAGAGGAUUGAAAGAUACACAAUGCGGUUUUAAAUUGCUUACCAGAGAAGCUUCAAGAAUUUGCUUUGAUAGUUUGCAUGUUGAAAGAUGGGCGUUUGACGUAGAAAUGUUAUAUAUUGCACAAAGUUUGAAAAUUCCUAUUUCCGAAGUAGCCGUUAAAUGGACUGAGAUCGAUGGUUCGAAAGUUACUCCGGUAUGGAGUUGGAUACAAAUGGGAGUUGAUUUAGGACUUAUUUGGUUGCGAUACACUAUUGGAGCUUGGAAAAUAAAACCAAUUAAAAAAGAUUAAUUCGAUCAAUACAUUUAUUGUAUAUUUUUAGUCAUGUAAUAAAAAACUACUAUUGUUCAUA